AUGAAUUCUAUUUUUGUAUUUCCUGUUUGUAGCAAGGGAAGAAACCAAGAUGCAUUAUUGGCUGCUUGCCUACACAUUGCUUGUAAACAAGAAGACAAGCCCAGAACUCUCGAGGAAAUCUUCUCCGUCGCGAAUGGAGCCUCAAAGAAAGAGAUUGGUAGAGCAAAGGAAUACAUAAUCAAGCAACUGGGGUUAACGGAGAAGCCGUUACAAGUAGCAAAUGCUGGGGACUAUAUGAGGCGAUUCUGUUCCUCUCUUGGCUUGAACAAUCAAGCAAUCAAAGCAGCACAACAAGCUGUGCACAAGUCGCAAGAAUUUGAUAUAAGGAGGAGCCCUGUAUCGAUAGCCGCAGCAGUGAUUUACAUCAUCACUCAGCUUUCAGAUGAUAGUAACAAGAAGCCUCUCAAAGAUAUUGCAGAUGUUACAGGAGUAGCACCAGCAACUAUCAAAAAUUCAUACAAAGACCUUAGUCCUCAUGUAUCUGAAAUAAUACCCAACUGGUAUCAUCUGAAUUUGUCAAGAUGAUCAACAGUUUAAUACCCAACGUCCCAACAGGCCCUGAAAGUGUUGUCAAGCUGAUUAAUUGUAGAAUAUGUUCAUGCAGAGUUUUUCUUUGUUGUAUUAAACUAGUAUCUAUGAACAAUUUACAAUGUGUUAAACUGAAGCUUGCAUAAGCUUUACAUAAAA